CUUUCAAAUCGUUUAUUGUAAAUGAAAACCCCACAGUUUACACAGAAAGACACCGAAAAAACCAAAACCCCGAAAGCCCAAAAAGAGCAGAGAAACAGGAGAGAAUUAAUCGAAGCUGAGAGUUUGAUUGAUUAAACAGAUAUAUAAUCAACAAACUAAAACUGGUUUUCAGAAAGAUUAUUAAUUAAUUAAUUAAUUAAUUAAUUAUAGUUGUAGCCAUGGCGGAGGAGUUUCAGAGCAGUGGAAACUGGUGGGAAGCUUCUAGAAACCGCUACGAAGCCGGAAUAUCUCCUUCUUCCUCCUCCAUCACCACCUUCGUCGACCACUCCGACUCCGCCGCCACCGCCUCCGAUCCCAAUUUGCACAUCAUGGGUUUAGGCCUCGAUUGGAAUCAACCCCUCUUUAGAGGUGGCGGAGAGAAGGCGGAGGGAAGUUUCCGGUCGAUGCUGCAGCCGGAAAAUAUGAAUUUAAAUAUGCAAGAAACAGGGCAUCAGCAGCAGCAGCAGCAACAACAACAACAACAGCAACAGAUUCAAUGGAUGAGAUCGGAAAAGCUAUAUUCAGGGGAGUCUCCGGCGACAGAAUUCAAGGCAAUAAACAGAGGACUUCCAUUAGAUCAUCAUCAAACUCAACCUCAGUUCAGUAGCCCUUCUCACUACAGCUCCGGUGACAGCACCGUCACCAGUUUUCCGAUCGACACCGCCACCAAUUUGUACGGAAAUUCCGCAACAUUAUUACAAGGCUUAUUAGCCAGCGGUAGCGAGCAGCAGCAACAACAAGUCUCAGUGGCCGUGGGUAUGAAUUUCCCUUACAAUUCCCAUUUCGGAAUGAACUCCGGCGAGUUAAUGACGGGAGGAGCGUCUUGGUCGCCGUCUAAACUGCCUCAGUUUUUAAGAAACUCACCGCCGAAAGGAGCGGCGGCGGGAACUCCACAUAGUCAGUUACAAUUUUCGAACAACACGGCGUUCUGGAACGCGUCGGAUAUGAAAGACGUAAGGCCCAGUUAUUUUCCGCCGUCGUAUAAUACCGCCGCAGCUUUCGCCGAGAAACCAAAGAAUAUAUCAGAGGUUGGUGAUUCGGUAACAACAGUGGUAAAAAAAAGUGGAAAUGAUCAAAAUCAGCAAUCCGCCGCUGCGAAAAGGCCUCGAAAUGAAACUCCUUCGCCAUUGCCAGCUUUUAAGGUGAGGAAAGAGAAGAUGGGGGACAGAAUCACUGCGCUCCAACAACUCGUUUCACCUUUCGGAAAGACUGAUACAGCAUCAGUGCUGUCAGAAGCAAUUGAAUAUAUAAAGUUUCUCCAUGAACAAGUCAGUGUUUUGAGCACUCCAUAUUUGAAGAGUGGAGCUGCAGUACAGCCACAACAUCAGCAGCAGAGGUGUGAGAAAUCAAAGGAAGGAGAAGGGGGAAAGCAAGAUCUAAGAAGCAGAGGGCUUUGUUUAGUUCCAGUUUCAAGUACAUUCCCAGUCACUCACGAAACCACAGUUGAUUUUUGGACUCCAACCUUCGGUGGAACCUUCAGAUAAAAAUUAUAUAUAUUACAUAUAUAAUUCCCCCAUUAUUCAUAAAUAUAUGGUUUAAUAUCUUAUAGUUAUAAUAUAAUAUAUAGUUUUUAUAUAUAUACACAUUAUGUGAAACUAGUACAUAUCUUAUCAAAACCCUAGAAAAAAUAAUUAGGGGAUGAUAAGAUCAGUGGUGGAAUAAAAAACCCCACAUUUACUGUACUAGUUUUAGUUUUGAAGAAAUGCAAAAAGGAAAAGGCCACUUUGCCCCUCCCAAGGAAACUUCAUGCACCUCUAGUGCCAUUAUUUUGGACCAUUUUUUUCCCUUUUUUUUUUUUUGUACUCAAUUCAAAAUAUCAUAAUUUAGAAUAAAAAAGUGGGUUAGGAAUGAGGAAAGAUGUACAAAUAAUCCUAUUUUAAUUUUUUUAAAAAUACUCUUUUAUGUAUCUCAUUAAAUUUGACACAUUUAUUAUUUAA